UCCAUACUGCAAGCUCCACCCCACAGCGAAGGAGUUGGACAUCCUGAGGCACUUUGUGUCCGCCAGAUAUGGCCGAUCUGGUAUUUACAAUAUCAUCUCUUCGCCGCUCCUUGAGCCGGGAGAUCGAAGCAACCGGCCAAACGGUGGAGAAGAAUCUGGCCUAAAUGGACAUUUUUAUGCGGAAGCGUCAGACGAGACCGGCCGUAUCAGAGCAGCAGCCAAUCACCCAGAAGGAGUAGCUUGAGGUGCUGGUGAAAAUCUUCUUUCCGGCGAAGGAGGGAAAAACUUCUUUUCGUACUCAUAAUGAAAGACGAGACUAGAAUUCAACGAAUGGCAGGGGACCGGGUACUUAACGUUCCCCAGACGUGAAGGGAUUGUCCAAGCCGCUCUUCUUUCGAGUCAUAUGGUGAAUGAGGAGAUAUAUAAUACGAAGUGCUUGCCGGAGUUGAGAAGGUGAUGUGGUCUUUAUGCCGAACCUGGGAUCAGCCCAUUAUGCCAAAAGAUCACUGGAGGAUGGAUCGGCUGGAGAUAAACAUUGUCGCGAAGACCAUCAACCUUCCCAACGUUCCCCAGCUGCGCCCGAUAGAAAACAUUUGGGCGAAUGGCCAAAAUAGAGAGACAGACGACCACCAAAGCCACGAAAAGAGUGCACCCCCAUUGAAUCCGCGAGAGACCAUUGGUUAAUUAGGGUCUCAUUUGAGCGAAAACCACAGAACGAGGGUUGCCGCUAACCAAAUAGAACUACAGAAACAUAAAAAAAACAAGCAAAGUAAAAGUGAUUGGGGAAGCGAUUAAUUCGGAAAUUAUCGAAAAAAGGGAUCGAAAACUUUUGGGUCAGUUCUCGGAGAAAAAAGAGGUCCAGACUCAAAGUAUAACAUGGGUUGUGCAAGCAGCUCCCCGCUCAUCAAUGGUGGUGGUCCCGGUGGCAUCGUGGGGACGGCGAAGGAGACGGCCAGCAAAGCCGCAAAUGAGGUUUUGCACGCCGGAGAAACUGCAAUCCACGAUGUCGGUGAGCACGUGAAGGAAGCUGUUCAAAAUGUUACCAAUGAGAUAGGGGGUGUGUUGGGUGGCAAAAAAGCUGUGAAUGAAGUUUCCAAUCCCUUGGAACAAAUCAGCAAAACCGAUCUUCCCCAGACGAAUGGUCACGGUAACGACAAUCCGGACUACAAAAUCAUUCCUUUGAAAGAUCCAAACAAACAGAUCGUUGAUGAGAAUCUCGAGAACAUUAAGAACAACAUUCUUAAAAAGGCCCAAAGCUUCAGUGACGACACCGAACAAAUGGCGGACGAUAUUAUCAAAGAGACGGAAGAUCUGAUUCGGGACGCAGAAACGGUAGCCUCUGAUAGUGUUACCGAAAUGACCACCCGGAUUACCUCUUCGGAAGAUGGAACCAUCGAGAUUCUGAAUUUGGAAGGUAAUCACACUAAAACACCGACUCAUUCCAUUGACAGUUUGAUAACAUCUUCUCCAGAGCCGGAAAUCGAACGAAUACUAGAUAAUGAACCCAAAUGUCCGCCAACACCGGAAGCGACGAUGAACAGCAUGGUGUCGUCGGAUGUUGCGGAAGUCUUCGAUUCCACCCCAAACGAUGGAGAGCGGCAAAGUCAGGACAAGAAGCCCGAACAGGGACAAGACGGGAGCAAGCGAGAAGCGUGAGUACGGCACUGAAGCGAAUUUGCGCAACGCACAACCAACACCUCCCCCUCGUCUGGUAGCGGAUGCCACCCACUACUCCACGAGAUCAGAAUCGCUGCAAUAUAUGUACAAAUUUUUGAUGAUUACUUUUUGGUAGCGAACAGUAUUUCUACAUCACUAAUAGAAGUCGUAAGAACCGAAAAGCCUUACUGUAAAUACAGAAAUUCGUUCAAAUGGUUGAUAGUCAUUUUAGUUAUAUGGUUUAUCAUCGAGGUGUAAAAUAAACGAGGUUUGAUUAUUUGUUUUGUUCAUAUUUUAUUCUUCAUGUGACACUCACUUUGCUCAUUCAUUGAAAAGAGUUAACACAGUGCUAUAUAUUGUACAUAAAAAUGAUAACUUGAGAAAUAAACGAUACCUAAAUGU